GAAGUCAGACCAGUGGUGACCCUAGCACAUUUGGUGCCCUAGGCAAGCCUCUCCUCCUCUCGAUUCCAGUGUGUGUGUGCAUGGAGAACGUGAGUGAAUGAAAGUUGUAGGGAAGCAGCUGUGUAGGGUCAAUUUUAAUUAAUAUUUGUGGCAAAAGUAAUGAUAAAACAAAACUAGUGGAUGAAUGAGUAAAUAAAUAAAUAGGAAUGAAUGAGGGAGGAACAAACUUUCUAUAAUCUAUUUUGUUUUAAAGGUGUUUUCUUCCAGUUAUGGCUCCUCCAUGGCUUCACAGCUACCAGUUUGCCAAAUGUGGCGCGCAGUGGGAUAGCAUCUCAGUCAUCAACAUAUUUUUUAUCUAAUGCUUCAAAAGCAAUUGACGGGAAUAAAAACCCAGACCACUACGCUGGAUCCUGCAGCCAUACAGUCAGUGGACCAAGCCACUGGUGGAAUUUGCUCCUGCCGGCCGUGUACAGGAUCGCAUCUAUUAGCAUUACCAACAGAAAGCGGGUGGCUUACAGGAUCAAUAAUGCCAAGAUCCGGAUUGGGAAUUCCCAAGAGAACGGUGGCAGCAACAACCCAAUCUGUGCCGUUAUUCCGUCCAUCCCAAGUGGAGGUACCAGCACCUUCGACUGUGGAGGAAUGAUAGGUCGGUACGUCAGUGUGACUCUCGGUGGACAUCAAAGCAUGUUGUCAUUGUGUGAGGUGGAAGUGUAUGGAGAACUGGCUGCUCCUUUUCCCUCCUACAGUAAGGAGGUGAUGGGUAAGCAGAUCGUCGUGGUGAAGAAGAAGUUGUGUUGGUCGGAUGCCCUGUUUUAUUGCAGAGACUUCUACUGGGACCUGUUCAGCAUACGCAGUGAGGAGGAGCAGAGGAAUGUGGAACAAGUGCUAGGAAACACCACCUUUCCCCUCACCAAACAUGUUUGGUUGGGACUGCGCAGGUACCUGAUGGAUGGCAAGUGGUUUUGGAUGUCUGAUGACUCUGUGAACUACGCGUACUGGGAGACACAGUCCAUCUGGCAACUCACCAGUCCCUGUGGUGGCAUCAACACCAGCGGCCACUUUCGCUGGAGGGAUCUUCCCUGUGGAGAUCCCCUUUACUUCAUCUGUUUGGCAGGCACUCAAGCAUACGAAAAAAGAGUGGGCUUCUGGAGUAGCACCAGACAAUAAACACAUCGAAUACCAUGAAGAGAAACUCUGGUCUCACUCAGCUCACUUGUCUUCACUGCCCAAUCUGUAUAGCACUCCUGGCAAAUGUACCGUGGAAUUGUUGGCAAUUUUGGGGGCUUUGAUAAUACACAACAUCAGUAUACCAUUUCAUAACUACUUUAAUUUGAGGCAUAUCACAGUGCAACCACGAGAGUGCUUAUUUUACUCAUAACUUUCUCUGAAAGUCAAAAAAACUUGCUAUUCCGUAUUCAAAAUGUUAACAUUUAUCUCAUCAUGAAGACAAAACAGAUUUAUCACAUACUAAGUACAAGCUGUGCCUUUACUAUCCAAUUGUUCAAAGAAUUCACUAUCUUACAACAGAGCUUUGUUAAAUGGUAAGAUUAACUGAUAAAAUGUAACGUUUUAUUGAUCUGAUAGUUAAGUCAGGCUUCUCUUUGUUCUGUCUCUUCCUCAGAACUCUUACGAUAAGACAUGCCAAAUGGUGUUUGAGUCCUUUUGGUUUAUACAUAGGGGUUAUAAAUAAGUAGAGAUAGAUACAGAAUAUUUAAAUACAAUAUUUUUUAAUUAGCCCUGGAUAAAGCCAAAUUAUACCAAUAUUUACACCAAAGUAAUUUCUCAAGGAGUUGAAACACACAUCUAUACACUGUACAAAGCAUUACAUCUUUUUUUUUUUACCUUUUUACCAGAGGUAUGAGAGCUGAAGUGUAAGCAAUUAAUUAAACUGUGUGUUUAUCUGCUGUAAGCUGUAAAAGUAAGCAUGGCCUGACUAACUAAUUUAUAAACCUACAGUGGUCAGCCUUACUUCGUCUUACUUCUGCCUCCCGGACACAGACUGGCCAAUCAUAAAGUAGCAUCAGGCCGGUUCAGACCAGGGUCUGACAACAACACAGCUGUGCUCCAUUAACUCUAAUGCAAUCACUUACAGACUUCCUUCAUUUUCAGGGUGGUUUUGUGGAUUUGGAGCUAAAUGUUGUGCCUGGGGCACGUCGUGUAUUAAUGAUACUCGUUACCUGGAGAGGUUGGAAAAAGAUAUACGUUUCUUCCCUGUUCCAAAACCAAAAUCAAACCCUGAAAAGUGUAGGGUUAGCUAGCUAGCUACUGAAGAUAUAGCCUACUGAAUGUAAAGGGAAUGGAAACUUUUCAACCAGCUGUGUGUCACGGCAUUGUGUGCAGGUGAAUGUUAUUUGACUUCCCCCGGAGAUCCCUGCCCAUCCAGUGGUGAAGGUCUGGGUGCUGGCAGCGGCACGGGGGCGAAGCCAAACACCAUUCAUCUGCACACACUGUGAUCAUGCCACACAGCUGGUUCAAUAUCAGCAAAGUUUCCCUUAUACUCAUUGUCUUCUGUGGCGAUUAGCAGUGAUGUGGUGGUUCACUUUUACACUGUGAUCUGUAGCCUAUAGUUCGGCUUUAGCUUCUAACUAUCUUUGUCUUUUUAACCUGUUGUUGCUGCUGAGUCAGUUUGACAUCCUGGAUAUAUCCUUCAAACACAGACUGUAGGGAGACUGGGGUAAGUUGAGCAUAGGGGCAAGUUGAGCCGCCCCUUGUUGCUAGGAAACCGUAAAUAAGAUUGAGCAUGUGACCAAAUAUUUAGGAGGAAGGCAUCAUUUCAUGGAGUCUGUGAAGGUAAGAACCACAUGGGUUAAGUGGUUAGAGAUUUAUGUUCAAAAAAGCAUUUUCACUCAUGAAAGUGAAUUUAGUCUAUCAUAAGUUUCAUGGGGAUUGUGUUUAGACCAAAAUAGAUAAUUUUUGAUUUGUUUUAUACAUCAAUUGUGGUAUCUAUUAGCGACAAAAUGAGGUAGUACAGCUAGCAUGAAAGUGCACCAUUUUAGCUGUGGGGGCUAAUAAAGUCAAUAUGGUAGCUAUGGGGUAAGUUGAGCAAUUUGAACAGGGGUAAGUUGAGCCACCGGCUCACAGAGUUGGUGGCAUAGCAAGGAAGUCCCGGCAGUUUGUAUUCCCCUGCAACCUGGACCGGUGGAAUAUUUAGUAAAGGGGCAGGUGGGAUAUGGAUGGAGGGAGGAGUUUAGAGAGGAUGAAGGAGGGCAUAUAGAGGAAGGAUGAUGAGAGAAUGAGAGUUUUGGUUCGGUAUGCUCAAAUGUGUUAAUAAACAAGUUCAAAUGAUUAUAAUACCUUAAUUUCCACAACUGGCGCUCCAAACUAGGAUUCACAUCUACGGAUUUAGUUCAGUGUUUUUUUUCCAAAAACACAGCUGUUAAGGUUCUCUCUCUGAGCGCGCUUUGAGGCAUUCUCAGGCCUAUGUUAAAAUGUUUUAAAGUUGUUAUAUGCAAUGAUAAUUUUAAAAAAGAUUAGUACCUGUUGAAUUGUGUGUUAUAAAUAAAAAUACGCAUGGAUUUGAA